UAAAGGAGCUGUUACGGAAGUAUGUGUGGAAAAUGGCUUCGGAGACAAACGACACAGAUUUGGUAGCAGAACUCAGUCCGAAAUCAUCAGAGCCGUCCAGCCCUAGACGGAUGGAGCCUCCCGUUAGGAGCGGCAGCGGCAGUCCCUCAACCAGAGACGCCGGGGUCGAGAGCAUCCGUGCAGAGGACAGAGAGUCUGGAAGCGAGAGCGCCAAGCCAGCCAACCCCGGGGUGGUGAGCCCCAGGGCAGGCAGGGUCGGGGCAGCGAGCCCCAGAGAUGGGGCCUCCUCCGGGCCCAGCGAAGGCAGCCAGGAUUCCAGCGGGUCCCGCAGCGACAGUAGCGAUGACGAAGACAGCGACGAUGAAGACAAAGGCACGGUCCGCAGGAUGAAGAGCAGCGUGGCUCACGUCAUCAGGAGAGCCCCAGGUGAAGCCGGCCAGGCCAGGAAAGGGAGCUCAUCCCCAGACCACGAGAGCGAUGAGGGCCGGAUGUCACGGUCACGGUCUCGCUCCAGGAGCCAGGACAGAGACCGGCGCUUCGAGAGGGGACGCUACGGCAGAGAUCGGUACCAGGACCGAGACAGGGACCGCUACGAACGCCACUCCAGCCGGGACAGGGAGGACUUCAGGAGGAGGGGCCGGUCUCCGUCCCCAGCCAAUAGGGAGGCCGCAGGCGAAGAGCCUCCAACCAAGAAGAAGAAGGAGGAGCUGGACCCCAUCCUGACCCGCACGGGCGGGGCCUACAUCCCUCCCGCCAAGCUCCGGAUGAUGCAGGCGCAGAUCACCGACAAGAGCAGCCUGGCAUACCAGCGUAUGAGCUGGGAGGCUCUGAAGAAAUCCAUCAACGGUCUGAUCAACAAGGUCAACGUGUCCAACAUCGCCAUGAUCAUCCAGGAGCUUCUGCAGGAGAACAUCGUCAGGGGCAGAGGUGUGUUUGCCCGCUCGGUCCUGCAGGCCCAGAGUGCGUCUCCCAUCUUCACCCACGUGUACGCUGCCGUGGUGGCCAUCAUCAACUCCAAGUUCCCCCAGAUCGGAGAACUCAUCCUCAGACGACUCAUCCUCAACUUCCGCAAGGGAUACCGCAGGAAUGACAAGCAACUAUGUCUGACGGCAUCCAAGUUCGUGGCCCACCUCAUCAACCAAAAUGUGGCCCACGAGGUGCUGUGUCUGGAGAUGCUGACCCUGCUGUUGGAGAGACCUUCAGACGACAGCGUGGAGGUCACCAUCGCCUUCCUCAAGGAGUGUGGCCUCAAGCUCACCGAGGUCUCUCCCCGAGGCAUCAACGCCAUUUUCGAGCGCCUGAGAAACAUCCUCCACGAGUCUGAGAUCGACAAGCGGGUGCAGUACAUGAUCGAGGUGAUGUUCGCCAUCAGGAAGGACGGCUUCAAGGACCACCCCGUGGUGCCCGAGGGCCUGGACCUGGUGGAGGAGGAGGACCAGUUCACCCACAUGCUGCCCCUGGAGGACGAGUACAACCAGGAGGAUGUCCUCAAUGUGUUCAAGAUGGACCCAGACUUCCUGGAGAACGAGGAGAAGUACAAGACCAUAAAGAAGGAGAUCCUGGACGAGGGGAGCAGCGACUCAGGAGAGGACGCGGACGGUAGCGACGACGACGACGACAACGAUGAAGAGAAGGAGGGAGAGGUUGGAGAAGACGGAGAGAAGAUCACCAUCUUCGACCAGACCGAAGUCAACCUGGUCGCCUUCAGGAGAACCAUCUACCUGGCCAUCCAGUCCAGUCUGGACUUUGAGGAGUGUGCCCACAAGCUGAUUAAGAUGGACUUCCCUGACAGUGAGACGAAAGAGUUGUGCAACAUGAUUCUGGACUGCUGUGCCCAGCAGAGGACCUACGAGAAGUUCUUCGGUCUGCUAGCAGGGAGGUUCUGCGUGCUGAAGAAGGAUUACAUGGAGAGCUUCGAGGCCAUCUUCAUCGAGCAGUACGAGUCCAUCCAUCGCCUGGAGACCAACAAGCUGAGGAACGUGGCGCGCCUGUUUGCUCACCUGCUCUACACGGACUCCAUCCCCUGGAGCGUGCUGGAGUGCAUCAAGGUGAGCGAGGACACCACCACGUCCUCCAGCCGCAUCUUCGUGAAGAUCCUGUUCCAGGAGCUGUGUGCCUACAUGGGCCUGCCCCGCCUCAACGAGAGGCUGAAAGACAUGACUCUCCAGCCCUUCUUCGAGGGCCUGUUCCCCCGCGACAACCCCAGGAACACCCGCUUCGCCAUCAACUUCUUCACCUCCAUCGGUCUGGGCGGCCUGACUGACGAGCUGAGGGAGCACCUGAAGAACGCCCCCAAGAUCAUCAUGACCCAGCGGCAGGAGGUGGAGUCCUCCACCGACUCUGACUCCUCCUCCUCGGACUCGUCGUCCUCCUCCUCCUCAGACAGCAGCAGCAGCAGCGACUCGUCCAGCGACUCAGACUCCUCCAGCAGCUCAGACUCCGACUCGAGACAGAAGAAGAAGAAGAAGAAAAAGCCAGAGGCCAAGAAGGUGGACAAGACCAAGAAGAAGAGCGCCCACAAGUCCUCCAAGAAGCCUCCGCCGGAGGACCGAGCCAGCAAGAAGCAGGAGGGCCGCCGCCGUCGCCACGACGACAGCAGCAGCGGCGGCGAGGAGCGGCCCCAGGCCCCCGUGCGCCAGCGGGGGGCCCGCGACGACUCCUCGCCCGCACGGGAGCGCGCCCGCGCCGGCCAGGAAGCCCAGCCCGCCAGGGCACCCAGGGAGGAGGAGGAGGAGAGGCCGGCUGACGCACGCAGACACCGCGACAAGGACAGGGCCGGCCGGCCUCGCAGUCCGGAGAGGGAGGAGAGGGGGAAGGAGAGGGAGGAGAGGGGGAAGGAGAGGGAGGAGAGGGGCUGUGGCCUAGUUAGCUUUGGGAAACUGGUCGUUUGA